GUUCUUGGGACGUCUUAUGUCUGAAGCUUCUUUGGUAUUUUCUGUUUGGUUUCAUACACUCUUAACACCAAUUUUGUGGUGCUGAGUUGUACUAAUUAGAACUAAUAAUAUACACUUAAAAAUGAUCCUAUGUGGAUUAGUUCUAGUUUCAUAUAUAUCAUAGUCGAUGAUGAUGCUUCUGGGAAAAUGUACGUAGGAUUUGGAACGGAUGAGGAGGCAGUGAUAUCUGUACUGGGACACAGAAAUGCAAACCAAAUGAAGAAAAUUAGAGAAACCUAUCAUCAGCUUUACAAUGAAUCCCUCAUUGAUCGUCUACAUUCUGAACUAUCCGGAGACUUUAGACUUUUGGUGGGCCUAGUGAGCUCCUACAGGUAUGAUAAAGAAGUUGUGGAUCCCGAGGCUGCGAUGUUGGAGGCAGCAAGACUUAAUGAAGCCAUCAACAAGAAGCAAUUAGACCACGAUGACGUUUUUUGGAUACUUAGCACCAGAAAUGUUUUCCAGCUCAGGGCGACUUUUGCAUACUACAAGCAACUAUAUGGGAAUCCAUUGGAACAGGAUAUCAAAAACUGUGGAAAAGGAGAUUUGGAGUCUCUUUUAAAUGUGAUAGUGUGUUGCAUAGAUUGCCCCGAGAAACAUUUUGCUAAGGUUGUAAAAGACUCUAUAUGGGGGCUGGGAACUGAUGAAGAUUCUCUCACUAGAGCUAUUGUAACUCGAGCUGAAAUCGACCUUUCGAAAGUUGAAGUGGAGUAUGCCGCCAUGUACAAAUCCAGUCUUGAAGAUGAUACCUCAGGAGAUACCUCAGGAGACUACAGAAGGUUCUUGAUGACUUUGCUUGGGAAAUGAUCUGAUGCUUCAUGGCCUUAUUAAAACUUGUCUAUGGUUGUAUUCUAUUUGUGAUUUAUUUGAGACCGCUUGAUAGUCGUUAAGACUUUAAUUAAAAUAUAUGUUGCAGAAGUAAAGACUGGGACUAGAACCAAUGGUUUGUGAUUCUGAAUUGUUAACUGUUUGUAAAUAUUUAGUGGCAUGAUCUUUAUGUGAGAAGUUAGAGGACAUGGUAUAUGAAUAUCAAGGUGGUAUGGUGAAAAAUGUUGCCAACUUGACAAUCA